AAAACAAAGCUAUAUAAAAAGCCAGUAGUCAUAACCACAAAAAACGCCCUCCCUCUUCCAUUCCUAAUCUCUCAAAGCAAGAAUUGCACAAUCUAUGCUAGCUACCACCAACACCAUUGCACAAGACUUUGUGUACGAACCCACCUCGGUUCUUGACCCGCAUCAGAGUCCUAGUCCAGAAACGGAGAAGCCGGUGGUUUCCGGUGUAAUAGACAAGCUGUCACAGCCUAAUGAUCAGCCUCCUUUGGAUUUGGAUGAUCACGCGCUACAAAAUUUUGAUUGGGACUCUGUUAUGGGAUAUUUGGAGUUCCAUGACGAAUCUGUAGUGCCUGCUUUGACGAAUCUUAAUCCUCAGUUCAGUAGAACCGCCACCGAUUCUCAUCAGAUUACCCAUCAGCUGUCCGAGUUGGUCGGGUUUAAUCAAUUCGUGAACCCUGAUUUCAAUAUCUCUGAUGGGUUUUCAAAUGCAAUUCCAUCGGUUGAUUUUACGAGUAAUUGGAGCAGUAUGGGUCUUGAUUUUGUUCAAGAACUCAUCAAAGCAGCUGACUGUUUUGACUCGAACGAGUUACAGCUCGCUCAGGUGAUACUGGACCGCCUCAAUCAACGGCUCCGAUCACCAGAUGGAAAACCGAUUGAGAGAGCUGCGUUUUUCUUCAAAGAAGCACUUCAGUCUCUCCUCGACGGGUCGAUUAUUCCUAACCGACUCUCUUCCUGGCCGGAGAUUGUGCAAACUAUCAGAGCCUACAAAGCCUUCUCGUCUAUGUCUCCGAUUCCAAUGUUCACUCUCUUUACUGCAAAUCAAGCACUCCUCGAAUCCAUGGAAGGAUCGCCACCGUUCAUUCACAUCAUUGAUUUCGAUAUCGGACUCGGUGGCCAGUACGCUUCGUUAAUGGGAGAACUUGCGGAGAAAGCGAUCUCUUGCAAAAUCAACGCUCCUGUUCUUAGAAUCACUGCCGUUGUGGCCGAAGAAUAUGCGAUCGAAACCAGAUUGAUCAAAGAAAACCUCACUCAGUUCGCUCAAGAACUCAAAAUAAGAUUCCAAAUCGAGUUCGUUCUUAUCCGAACUUUUGAAAUGUUAGCUUUCAAGGCGGUAAAGUUUGUGGAUGGAGAGAGAAUCGCGGUUCUGUUGUCUCCCACAAUCUUCCGCCGUCUCGGCACGACGACGAAUUUCGCUAGCUUUUUCAGUGAUCUCCGCCGCUUGUCGCCAAGCGUUGUGGUUUUCGUGGACAAUGAAGAAUGUACUGAAUCUGGAGCGGCGUCGUUUCGGCAGAAUUUUAUUAACAGUCUCGAGUUUUACUCGGUGAUGUUUGAAUCACUUGACGCGGCUGUUGCUGGGAGUGAUUGGGAGAGGAGGAUAGAGAUGUUUUUACUGCGACCGAAGAUUUUUGCGGCGGUGCAAGCGGCAGGGAGGCGAGUGGCACCGCCGUGGAGGGAGUUGUUUGGUGGAGCGGGAAUGAAGCCGGUGCAACUGAGUCAGUUCGCGGACUUUCAAGCAGAGUUUUUGCUGAGCACGGUACAAGUGGAUGGGUUCCGAGUGGCAAAAAGGCAAGCUGAUUUGGUGCUUUAUUGGCACCAACAUUCCCUGGUUGCCACCACGGCUUGGAAGUGUAGAUAGUUGCAGUUGCAGGCGACUUACGCAUGUCAGUAUUUUUUACACAUGAUUUUAUAUAGAUCAUGUAAUACAUGUGGAUUUCACGAUUUUACAUGGAUCAUACGAGUUUAUCUCGGUAUUUGCAGCGGGUGGAACAAAAAUUACUCGGAUUUUUAGCACUAUGUUGUUACUUCAAUGCAAUUUACAAUUUUGAGUCAAAAUCUAAAGCAAUGUAUAGGGUUCAAGUCUCAUAAAAAAUGUACGUGUGCUGUAUCUGGAGAGGCGAGAAAGGACUGCGAGUCUCUGCACAAAGCUCCACAUCUUGUUACUCAUGGCGUAAAAUGUUAUUCCAAUUGGCUUGUUUUUGUUUUGGCAAAGG